CGUCUACCCUUUCUUAAAAAAAAUAUCGAUCAAAAUUUGAUUGACAGAUAGGUACCGGAAAAAAGUGAACUAUUUGCUUCUGUUUUUGCCAGUGUUUAAUUGUUUUUCAGUUCUUCGGAACGAUAUUGAGAUGACAUCGCGGAGUCACGGGUACAGCAGCCACGCUGACUGGGAUCCGAUGCAGGAUGACUUCGACAACAGCAACUAUGACACUCAGUACCCUGAUGACAAUGCCAGUGACAACGUGAAGCUAGACCACACGCGGUUGUACAUCACGAACAUACCCAAGGGUCUGAACACGUCCGCUCUCAACACGGCGUUCGGGAAAUACGGCACGCUCACCGAGGUGUUCGUCAAUGCCAACCCGCUCAAGCGAUACGGGUUGGUUUCCUUCGAAACGCCCGCGGAAGCGAGACACGCAAUGAUGAAACUGAAUAAGACUGAACCAUUGAGAUUAAACAUAAGUGUGGCGCAUAUGAAGAAAGACGCGAAUAUCAACAAACGGGACGGCUACCCCCGCAGCACGGGUCGCGCGCGCGACAGCGCGACAAGCACGGGCCGGCUCGAGCACAACUACCGCGACAGAGACGACACAGCUAGCUGCGGCAGUCGGGGGACUCGGAAUAACAGGAAAGUUGAAGAGAUGGCGAACGGAGACAACUUGGAGCCCUGUGACGACCUUGUGGAGAACCUCAAUGAUGAGUUACUGGACCUGGAGACCAUAGACAAGGAUGUUCAGAUCGAGCUGGACCGGCUGCAGUUUGAACGGCUCAAGGUUCACCAAGCUCAGCUGGCGUACAAACAACGGAUCCUGCUGCGGCAGAUGGAGAAGCGGACCACUGUACCUCAGUCACAGCCCUCUAAUAAGGUCCUGAGUGACGCCAGGAGGCUCCCCAACAGGAAUACUACUGAGGGGAGUGUCGACCAUCGUGACGGGGACAGCAGCUUCGCGGCCGGCGCUGGUGAUUCGAACGAGCGAGACCCUUGCCCGUGCACCCAGCAGAGAAACUGGGACCAGCAAUGCACCCCCGAAGACGGCAGCUCCACUCCUUCCACUUGCAAACUCUGUUCCGACGACCGCACCUUCGAAAGACGGUCCGACUACAAAGAUAAGUCAGAGUACUCCAAAUACACGAAAAAGGACUACAGUAGCAAGAAAUCCGACUAUCCCAAAACUAUAGAGAAAACCACAGACGCGGUUAGUAGCAAAACGACAGACUUGACCAGUAAAAAGUCUGACUAUAGUAAGUACACCGAUACUGUGAGCAAAAGGUCAGAAGUAAGUAAGAAGUUUGAGUUGGUGCAUAGAAAGAAUGUUUCGAAGAAUAAGAGUGAGGUGACUUGCGAUUUGAAGUACAGUGACAUUUAUAGUGACACAGAGAACGAGGCAGACGAGACGAACCGACUGUUACAGCUGAGGAACUCUGACUAUAUUGACAUAGUUGAUGACCAAUUGAAAAUAGUAGUCGCCUUAGCCGGGUACCCCAAGUCGAAGAUGCGUCUUCGGCAGAUGUCGGUCUUCCAGCAGUGUCUGACGGAAGUCAUAGACAUGCAGGUUAAAGCCGGGUUGUUGAAGAAGAUGCCGUCUUUCUUAGACUACUAUUUAAAUAAGGGCGCCAUAGUUUGCAUCUGUAAGGAUUUGGAUACCAGAGACUGGAUGGUAAGAGUGUCUCCAGGUUUGCAGGAACGGAUGUGUAUAAAUUUGAUCUUGCUGAAAGCGAAAGUGAAGAGACUGUGUCUGGCCGUGUUGAAGAUACCACAAACUUGCUGGCCAUCCACAGCGCAGGACGUCUUCAAACUUUUGCAGUAUUUUAAUCCCACUUUGAAAACUGACUUAUGGAAAAUAUACGCCCAGAAAAUGCUCGAUGGUGUUGAGGUGACUUCUUUCCUCAUCGAUAGGGUUUCCGGAGAGAUUAUACGAGGGCCUUCAUUUAAAAAUAUUAUUGAUUACGAGCAAAUGGAGUUCGAAUUGACGGGUUAUACGGAGAUAUAUUACGAGUGUUUGUUGUCUGACUUGGAAGAAGACUUAUCUAGCGUAGCAUCGAGAGUAAAACUCUUGGAAGAAAUUAAAUCUGAGAACGCGACGCCCAGGACGCCACGAGAAGAUGAAGUUUUUGAAGACAGACAAACUGUUAAAGAAAUCAAAGAGUCAGAGUCGAAGGUCACUGAAGUUGUAAUGGAGGCCAAGACGCACAAAGAAGCCCCUGUGGAAAAGUCUGAUUUGGAAGGCGACUUACAAAAAGAAGUGCUAAAGAAACUAAAAGACGUUAAGUACAUCAGCGAAAGAGAUGAGAUAAUCAACUGGUCGGAUGAGACAAACUUCAGCGAUCAGGAGACUGAGAAACGUGACCAAUACAAAGAAGACGAAUAUCUCAAUGAAGAUAGGAAUAAAGUGAUUUCCACUAUUGCGGUUUCUGAGAAAACAGAGUCGAUUAUUGAAAGCAAUGACAACCUUACUAUUGGACGAAAUAGUAAUCUGAAUAUCGACAGCAACCGAGGCAUAGCCUAUCACAGGAGGACUAAUUACCUUCACGUGGAGAACGAACUCAAAAUCGCUAUAACUCUCGAAGGUUACCCACAGAACAAAUUAGAAGGCACCCACAUUAGAAGAUUAAAGCAUUUAUUCAAAGAAUACCUGCACAAGGACAUGAAAAACCAACGAUUUGCCAACUUGAUUAUACCAAAAUUCCAAGAUAUUUACUUGUCCAAUGGGGCUGUAAUCUAUAUUUGUGAUAGUCUUGAAACUAAGGAUUACUUGACAGAGGUGUUGCCGAAGUUUAUCAACUCUACAGGCUUGAAACUCACUUUUAGGGACAUUAAGAACUUGGUUAGAUACACUCGAAUCGUCAUGAGGUUACCCAGAGAACACGCUCACGUAGAAUCAGUCGAGAUUUUACUAAAACUCCAAUCGAUUUAUCCAAAGUUGAAGCCAGACUGUUGGAAGUAUUACUCUGACGUUGCAGGAAAACAAAAGCGACAAUUCGGCGUAGACCCUGAAUCCCUUGAAGUUAUUAAGAGUCCCGACUUCGAUCCUACAUACGAUGGCGAUAAGAUCAGCUUCAGAAUCAUUGAUAGACAAAAACGCGAUGUCAGUUUUGAAGAACACGCUAUAUUGGAACCAGAUAAUGACAACAAUGAUGCGAAGCGACUCCGAGAAAUUGUGCUGAAAAGUAUGUACGUUCCUAUCGACCCAGAAAUCAUGAACUCCCCACUGACUAGAAUCAGAACCAAUCAUUAUUCAGAUCUGAUCGCUGAUGACUUGAAAUUGUAUGUAGGACCAUCCAACUAUCCCGAAUCGCGCGUCGACGAUAUACUAUUUCAUUCGAUCAAGAGGACGCUUGAAAACAUCGCGUUAGAGUUACUGGAAAAAGGCGAAUUGGAUGACGAUAAAAUGCCCAAGUUCCAUGAUAUGUACUUGUUUGACGGCGUGAUCUUCAUCAUCUGUCAAAACAUGCAGUCUAGGCGUUGGAUCGAGGAGAACUUAUCCCACGUAAACUCGAAGUUGCAUCUUCAUCUGAAAUCCACCGAGUUCCGUGGUGCCGUGGGCAUUAUUAGCAUGGUUGUGAAGACCGUUAAGGAUAUGGAUGACGUCAUAGCAGUAUUACAGAAGCAGAACCCGAGAUUGCGAACUAAAUUCUGGCGGAAGAUCAGCACAGUGAAGACGAAGACUAAGCUAGAUGUCGUCUUGCAAAUUGACAAGCUCUCCGCCCAAGUGAUGACCAGCCCUAACUUCAACAAAUUCGUAGGCAGUAACGCGAUCCAAUUCAAAUUGGGGCAUUUACAAUCUCUGCUGAAACCGAAAGCUAGUCUCGAAGAACUCAGUAAGAUGCACACGAAGAAAGUAAAUCAGAAAUCCAGUGAAAAAUCUCUUAAGAAAUCUAAGAGCAAAGUGACUAUGCAAGGACCGAAAGAUAAGUCUUACCAUGAUCUAAUAAGCGAAUUACGAAGGGAGUACCCAGCUUUGAAAGUCGACGAUUGGGACAUGAUAAAACAACGCGAGAAAUCUAACCACAAAAUAUGUGAUUUAGAAAUAGACGAGACAUCAGCGAAGAUCAUUGAAAAGGAAGACUUUAAGCUGUCAAUGGGAGAUGAGAAGCUUUUCUUCUACACUGGAGUACCCUCGCAAAGAUCUGAGGACGUGGCUUCGGUGGAGCAUGAAUCUCCACGAAGCGCGGAUAAUAAUGUUGUAGUACCAGUAGAAAGCACACAGGACUGGCAAAAGAUGAUCCUGAAGAUCCCUAUGGACAUCCUACCAGACAACAAGGACGAUUUGAGCAUAAUCUUUGACCUGCUCGAAGACAAGAAUCCUGGUUUGAACACUGAGCUUUGGAAAGUGUACACUGACUCCCCGUACCCAAAUAAUGGUAAGUUCACUAUUCUUAUAGAUAGGCAGUCGGCUUCGGUCAUUCAAGGUAAGAAUUUCGAUCCGACUAUAGGAGGAGAAAAACUGAAGUUCUUUUUCUAAUAGGCGUCUAGAGCAAGAUGUAGUUAGGUAGGUAACUGAAGGAUUAGAUGUAACGAGACUCCAAUGUCAAGUUUUAAAAAGUGACCAGGUAGACGUUAGUAUACCGCUUAGGAAUGGGUAGACGUCGAAUACGCGAAUAUUCUAGAAUUCCGAUAAAACUAAUCCAAACAAGUGGUUUUUGCAUCUUUAUUUUGCUUUUUCUUGGCAAACUG